AACCGUGAACGGGUAGAAAAUUUUGCGGACGGCGUACUUUACCACACGAUUCGCUUCCCUGGAAGCUAUUUAACUGAAAGUGAGCAUUAACGAUCAAGUAGUAUCGGGCGAUAAUCAGGCAAGUUAAAUUUUAUUUUCGUUAGCCUUUGUGGAAGCGAAUAUGUCCAAAAAGAUGUCCCGCUAUCCGCACGAUGCUAAGGUUUACGUUGGAGAGCUGGGCAACAACGCCAGCAAGCAGGAGAUCGAGGAUGCCUUCUCGUACUACGGACCGUUGAGGAAUGUUUGGGUUGCCCGUAAUCCACCCGGCUUUGCGUUCGUAGAAUUUGAAGACGCACGCGAUGCAGAGGAUUCGGUUCGUGGUUUAGACGGAAGGACGAUUUGCGGUCGACGGGCACGGGUCGAACUGUCCACCGGUAAGGGCGGCCGUGGAUUCCGCGGUGGCGGCAGUGGAGGACCACCUCGCGGUAAGGGCGGCCGUGGUAAUUUCAAUCCAGAUGAUAGAUGCUACGAAUGCGGCGGACGAGGCCACUAUGCCCGCGAUUGUACCAAACGUGGACGCAGCAAGGGACGUAGAAGAUCGCGUAGUCGCAGCCCACGUUCACGCUCUCGUGAAUUGCGCACCCGUUCAAAGAGCUACAGCCGUAGCCGCAGCCGAGACCGCGAUCGCGAGAGAGACCGUGACCGCCGAACCAGGUCGAAGACGCCGAAGAAGUCGACCCGCGGUCGUUCUAUUUCACGCGACCGUUCCAAAUCUCCCCGCCGGUCCAAGACCCGCUCCAGGAGUCGGUCGCGCACUCCGCGUUCCGCGACCAGAUCACGCUCCAGAUCGCACCGCCGCAACGGUGCGUCUCAUCAUGACUAAAUAAUCUCUCGGAGUCAAGUCCAACCAAGCUUUGUUGUAAACUCUGACUUUCGAGACAUUGAUGCUAAAGCAAAGGACCCCGCUUUUUAGGUGGAAAAACAUCUUUCACAUUGCAGGCUUCAUAUGAAUGAUAUGUAUUUAUAAUCUAAACAAAACAUUACCCCGACAGUUCUUUUUUUAAAAUCUUAAAUUUAUUCCCUACGAUAUGAGAUUAACGUAUCUGGUUUGAUCAAAUUUGUAAUUGAACGCUUUUAGGGUCAGUGAGUCAUAGCCACUGAUGUGUGAGUCUACACAAUCUCAGCUCUCUACGCUGAUCUUGCAUAAGAAAUAGCAAUUAAGAUACGUUUUAUUAGACUCAGCGCAGAGAUCUGCAUUUAACAGUUAAAAACUUAUGCAGUUGAGCAGUAGAAUAGAAAGCUCUGUCGUAACAGUUGCUUAAACAACCAUUCAAGCAAUGCAACUGUAUCCCUUUUAUUUUACAAGUUAAGAUUUGAUCGUACGGAAAAUAAAGUAC